UAUAAAUGAGAAGUGAUUUUUCAACGGAACUCAGAAUAUAUAUAUCAUUGUUCAUAAAGCACGUGGAUUACUGCGUUACGAAAUUUUUAUUCUUUAUUGGUACGAGAUUACAAAAUGACUUUUCCUGAAGAAAUUGAUGUUCUCAUGGAUUCAAACAGAAAUAUUGUCAACAAUUUGGGAUUUGCGUUGAAAGAAGUCUUAAAAAAAGGUCAAAAAGAGGACAGAGUUGUUGCUGGUGUUUAUGAAUGUGCCAAAAUAUUACAGAACUCCCCAGAAAAUGUUGGACUUUGCUUGCUGCAAAAUAAAACAGAAGAUGUUACAGUGCAAAUUCAUCAGAAACUUGUGGAAGCAUUUUGUUGGGAAAACGACAUUGAAGUUAUCAAGGUCGAUUGUUUGAAAACUGUCGAAAGCGUGCUUUCACCAACAAAUAAAGCAGAUGGCAGUGAAGAAAUAGACUGUGUUCUGAUACACAAUGAUAAUUCCGACAGUAUUGAAGAGUUCAUCAACAAUUACUACCCCAUGUCACAGUGUACAGUUGUCCGGUUACCUGAUUGAUAAUAAUUACAGUGCCUAUGACCUUUCACCAGGAAACCAAACCUGGAUAUUUAGAAGUCAUUAAAGAUUCGUUAUUUAUACGAUCAAUAUAGAGUUCUUGUGACCUAUGCACCUAAUAAUAAGACCUGGUGAUAGCAUGUUGCUGUAUGAAAACUCGACCAAUGGUUAUCAAUAAAAACCUGUACUUCAGAACUAACGUGAGGAGGAGUAUGCAGUACUGAUUCGGUCUCGCAGUACUGAUUCGGUUUCUCGAAAACUGUGUAACAUUUGUAACAUUUCACUACUGACAAUCAUUAUUCUUAAUACAAAUCUGUAUUUAUAUGCAAUUAA